GUGGUUGCAACUUGGUGGCAGCAGAGGAAUGGCUGAAUAAACAAACAUGUGUAGUGGAGUAAGGUAGUAGCAGCCUGUUCCGAGUGAUUGGAAAGUGUACGUCUGCUUCCAACCGGAGGGCCGUCUGUCAGUAGGUCGGGACAGUGCUGAGACCAGGAUAUGCUGGAAUGGAUCAGUAUACAAACAUGUGUAACAGUGUACUCGGCUUGUGUGUAGAUUGAUUGGAAAUAUAUACCUUUCGGCAUAGUACUGAAGAGAUAACCCAUCAAGACAAGUGGAGCAGGUUUUUACAAUAGAAGAUCAAGUGAUGGAUUUUAGGGGUGUGCCUUCAGGAUUCGUUUAAAGGAUGGUGGAUUAUUGGGUGGAAAGCUAUCAUUGUUGAUAAUGACAGUGUUAUGCAACAGCUGUCUGUUUUACCAAACUGGACCAUAAGGACAUCAACGUAGGUAUCACAAUAUUUGGAUGGCAGAGUGAGAUAUAUUUAUGUAAAAACUAAAUGUGUUUGUAAAAUAAUUGAUUAAAGAGCAAAUGAGGACUUAGCAUACAUAACUGUUGGAUACAUUCAGGGGAUAUUAUAAAAUAUUCAUGUCAGUGAUGUUUUCUAGAUUGUUAUGUAGUCAUUUUGGAGAAUAUUUCAUGGGAUUUGUUAAAAGCUUUUAUACAAUGCUGACAUGUCAACAGUUGAUUUGAUGAAACUGCUCGGUCUCAAUCAAGUGAAAUGAAUCAGCAAAGUGACAUAUGACCUGCUGCAUGCUGAUACGAAAUAUCUGCGAUGGAUGUGACAUGUUAUCACACGCGUGUUUCAUGUGAUCCAGUCCUUGAUGGUUAUGCCCCAAACAAAUGUAUUACACCAUCUGUUCAUUGAGAUUGUAGAGUAUAUUUCACCACCAGACCUGGAUUGUUUGCCAUGGAUUACCUAGUCAGCAAUGCCAAUUUCCAAAUCAACGCUGUCCGUUAGACAAACACAUGUUGGACUCACCGAAAUUGGCACCAUUGGUAAUUGGAAAAGUACUCUGUGUUUAAUAGAUGGUCUGUAAGUUAAUGAAUGGUACACUACAAAUGAAAUGAAUGUUUUAUUGAGUAAGCACAUGGUACAGACUUGCAGGAAUUAACAAGCAGGUUACACCUUGGCGCUUAUGGAGUUAUUUCUGAACUGAGUAUUAAGCAAGUGGUUGGGUUGUUGAAUAUUCUAUAAUGGUAAACAACUGCAUGGCGUCCAGUCAACCUUACUCCAGGCUCUGACGAGGGAUCUCUUCAUAUUGAUGUGUCUACUGACAUUUGUUAUGCUAGGCAAUCCUUUCAUAUUAUGAGGAUGUUGUUACCAAUAAUAUAUUUAUAUAUGGAGGGGAACUGGCUAGUGGCUAAUUGGCUAGUGGAGCACUUCUUUUGACCAGAGAGUUAUUGGAAUCACUUAUCAAUGGAUACAAGCCACGCUUCAAGGAUGUGAGACAGGACGGUGAUUUCGGAGCAAAUUAUGGGAAAAGAGAUUAUGUUUUCGGAUUAUGGAUUCAGGAUUGGAUUUGUACCAGAGUUUUUUCGAGCUUGUGGAUUAGGUUAGGAUUUGGAUACGGAUAAUCUAUCGUCAUGGCAACUGGCACUGUUGCCCCACCCAGGAUGACAAGGAUACCUGUCCCGGCCAGCAAGCAAGGUCAUGGGUCAUCGUCGUCUUUUAUUCAGUCCAAGAAUAGACUUAUGAUCUACACAGAUUGGGCCAACCAUUAUCUGGAGAAGGCCCGCAAUAAGCGGUUUAUUGCCGAUCUGCAGCAAGACAUCACAGACGGGGUGUUGUUGGCAGAUGUCAUUGAGGCAGUCACCAAUGAAAAGAUCAAAGACAUUAAGACAAAACCAAAGAAUUCUGCUCAAAUGGUGGAAAAUAUCAAUACGUGUUUGACUUUUUUGGCCAGUCUAGGAGUCAGUGUUGAAGGACUUAGCGAUAAAGAUAUCAAAGAUGGCAACCUCAAGGCAAUUCUAGGGUUGUUCUUCAGCUUGUCAAGGUUCAAACAGCAGCAGAAGACACAGCAACAAACGACGAAGCCUCCAGAACAGGCAAAGGAUCCACCAUCCACACCGGAGCUUUCACAUCCGGGCAUCGCCGUAGUCGUCGGAGCCCCAAACUCCGGAGGGAGAACAACACCUCAGGUUAAUGGAGGGGAGAUGCUAUCAAGACUUCCAUCACCUUUUAAGCAUAGCAACAAGAACCCCAGCUCUAUAAGUAACCUUUCUACCUCGAAGGAUAGCUCCAAUAGCAACUCAAACCUCAACCAAUCUCGGGGGAAGCCAACGCUUCACGGGGCGAACUCCACGUCAAAUGAUAAAGUGCGGUCACAUCUGAAUCAACAGAAUAACAAUAAUAAUUUGCAAGGUUCCAAUUUGGUGAGUCCGAAGAAUAACAAUAACAACUCGGUGACCCAUCGAGCUACUUCGCCAAGUAGUGCAUCCCAAUCUGGUAUUCCUACGCCAGGUGGGCGGUCCUUAGGACGACCCACACCGACUGCAGAGAAGCAGUCGAAUAGGACGAGUGCAAGCUCUACCAGUUCCACAUCGUCAACGAAGAGCAAUCCUUCAAAACCUAGUGGAAAUAACAAGAACUCUAUGUUGGACAAAUUUAAAUUUUUCAAUUCAAAAGAAAAAGAGAAAGGAAAAAGUGGCGUAGUAAAAAGUGCUUCCAAAACUAGUAAUACUAGUACGACAAGUACAAGUUCACGGAGUGACACAGAUUCUAAGACAUCAUCAUACAGUGCUCGGAGCUCCAGCUCCACAGAUGCAGGAGCUAGUAGCAGUACUACAAAUGGCUCAAGCAGCCCUAAACUCCCGGCAAAGACCGGGAAAAAGUCCUUGGCUCGUGCAUUUAGCACGAAACGUGAUAAUGCUAAUACUCUAGCCCCUGACAGUAAUAUAAAUGUAGGCAAACGCAACACACCCUCACCCUCAUCACAGAAUCGGACUCCUUCACCCAAUCCCUCAGCACGGAAUUCACCAGUUCCUGUUCGGAAAACAGAAGGUAAGGGUGUUAAGACAGAAAAGGGGCCUCCGAGGGAGUGUCAGCCCAGCCCACCUACUUCAAAAAAGGGGACAAAAAUUGGCAGCUUAAUUCCAAAGUCUUCAUCCUCCCAAUCAGGAAAGUCCUCAAAGUCAUCAGGGUCAUCACAAAUUCCUGCUCCAAGUUCGGGCAUUCCAAAGUCUGCCUCAGGGAAAUCCUCAAAAUCAAGUAAAGAGGAUCGCAAGAAUGGUUCCUCCUCGUCCUCUUCAUCACAACAUAGCAAAUCCCUCUAUGCCAGCCUCCCUGGAAUGAAUGCUCAUAAGACUCUAUCUUCCAGUUCAUCAAAGGUGCAGAGUCCAGUGUCCACUCCUGAGGGAAGUUACCCUAGCCUGUCCAGCAUCCCAGUAAGUCAGAUGAGUCUCAGUCAGAUGCAACAGCGGCAGCAGCAGAUGGACAAUCUAGACCAACAACAGCUGCAGCAACAACAGAUUCUGAUGCAGAGGGAACAUCAUCCACGGGUGAAUCUUCAGGAACAGCAAAUCCGUCAGGAACAGAUACGACAGGAACAGAUUCGGCAGGAGCAUAUACGACAGGAGAACGAGAGAUAUGAUCUGAUGAGGCAAGAACAGAUUAGGAAGAAUGAACAGAGCCGGACAACAGAGCAUUGCUCUCCCAGUAUUACAGUUCCAAGAGCAACAGCUCAUGUGAUGGCUGAGAUUACUAUACCACCCAAGUCGAGUCAUGGUAGUCAAAUGGGUCAUCUAUCAACCUUCAAGGGAGGGGACCGGUCACCAAGGAGUCAGAUGGUAAGUCCAAGUCCUAGUGGCUCAGUGACCUUGACCCAGACUGUCAAUGUCGUCAAACCCACAUGUGCCAUGGCACCAACGACAAGGUCAGUGACAAAGGCUGAUGGGAAUACACAAACUAAUCUGUCUGUGUUGCAAAGGACGAUAACGCCAACCAAAUAUCUGACUGAAUCCAUGAAGGAAAAUAGUAGUAAUAGCAUCAAUUCUUCAUCUUCAUCACAAGUGGGAACUCCUGAUCAGGUGUUGAGUGACUCUACUCCUUCCAGUCAAAGUGGACACUCGUCUUGUGAUAGCAUAGUGAUGAAAUCACCAGCCUCAGAACUUCUUGCCGCACAUGACCGAGCAACUACAAACUCUCCCAAACUAGGAGUGAAAAUGCUGAACUCACAUCUUGGCAAGCCGGCAAACAAUAUUGCAAUUGUACAGCCUCGGCAUGGUGAAAAGGUCGAAACAACUUUUGACACUGAAGUGCGAACUGAAACUAUAAAUAAGCAUUCUCUAGGAAAGGAAACUACAUUUUCUGAAAAAGAAACCACAUUUGUUGAUGAUGCUGGUGAGACGAUGGACAUCAAACCAAUGCCACCUAUAAUGCGUGCAUUGCCUUAUGGGUAUUUCCGUGGCUACUCGGGCUACUCAGGACUGUCUUCCAGUCGCAACUUCCACAUACCAGGGAUUUCAGUACCCCAGACAACCAUGUACGCAGCAAGUACGCCCAGUAGGCUCGGGGUCAAUCGGCCCCUGUUUGAUCACGGGAAAUACUACUCGGGGCAAAUCAAGAGGACUAAUUCUAACUGUCCCAGUGUGUCGGACACUGACUAUGGAUCUGAUAUUGACACAUACGAUUACGUCUCAGGAUAUAUGUCUGAUGGCGAUAUACUGAAAAGCAACCGAGGAGAAGAAUGGGCAAGUGGGUAUCUGAGUGAAGGUGGAGCCUCACUCUAUGCUCGACGUCUGCAACAACGCUUCCGUGAAGGCAUGCAGGCAGUUCGGGAGUGUAUGCAGAAGAGCAGCGGACUCGUAGACGAUGAUAGCUUUGACGACAGCAGCUCAAUCAGCAGCGGGGACAUCAGCGACACUAUUGCUGAAAUCAGCACUGACGAGAACCUGACAGGUUCAUCACAAGGUGCACUGUCGGACACAAACCCCUACAGCAGCUUGAAAAGAACCCCUAAAGAUCUCACCCGUGGCUUCUCAAAUGGAGGGGGAACGUCUCAAGUGCAAGGCAAGAGGGUUCCAAAUUUGGGAACAAGUGCUUUUAUGGGAAGUGAUUACAAUAGUGAUUCCGGACAUAUAGGUUGGAGGAAGUACUCUCUGCCUCAGAACAGCAAACUAUUGAGUAGUGAUCCCAGUGAUUACGCAUACCCCUACAGCAACGGGUAUGAUCAUAGUCAGUGGCGCCGAACAGAUUCAUCGUCCGGGUAUGGUUCAUUGAGGAAACUAUCCAAUGCCAGCCAGCCUGAGUUUGGUUACCGAGGGGAACAUGUGUCAUACGCUGAAAGUGAAAAGGGGACCUGCUCUACAAGUCCUUCAACUAAACGUGACUGUGAAACUAACACGGAUAAUUCGCACUUGCUAGAAACAAGCAUGAAACGAAUGCAGAAUGCAAGGGGAGCUAACUGUGGCUCAGGGGGCAGUAGCAGUAGCUUUGGUUACCGCAGACCGCUAAGUAACGCUAGUAACUCCUCUAUCGGUAGUAACAAGAGCUCGAGUUCUAAAGGUUCAGCAACCGUAGGUAGUCGACUGGCUAAGCAUGGCGUGGAUGCAAGUCCCAUGUCCAAAUCUGCCAAUGAAAUGCCUCCAAGUAGUAUCCCCCGGCCUGGAAGUGCGGCUGCUAGAACAAACAUGAAAGACGGUGACAUGGGUCCCGAAGCUUAUUGCAGCAGCACCCUGGAGAGGGAGAGGAAAAAGAAAAAUGGUAUAAGUGCAAGUAAAUCCACUAGUUCGGCACAAACUGAACGAGACUUCCAAUCCAAUACGCUUGGACGACGACGGUUGUUCGGCAGCAAAAACAGCCUGAGUAAGACACCUCAAGGUGAAAAUGGAAACCUCUGCAGUAGUACAAUCAUAUCUAAUCCUCAUGCUACUUACAGCAGCAAAUCCGAGUGUUCUUCUCCGUCUCAUGGUGGCAAAAAUACAAGCCAUUACGUUAACCUGCAGCAGCUUCAAGCAACAGCCACACAGCAGAACAUGCUGCAGUCUAACCCCAACUAUAUAGCCUUGGAAUACUCUAGCCCUCGCAACUCCGGUUCUAAUGGUCUGUCAAAAUCUUCAACUUUGGAUUAUGCAUAUCUGAGUGAUUAUGCAUAUUCAAGCGUCCAUGGAUCCAAUUUGUCACUUGUGUCUACAUCAUCAUCAGUGUAUUCAUCGGCUGAAGAAAAGCAACAAGCAGAGGUUCGCAAAUUGCAACGAGAACUUGUAUCCGCAGAGGAUAAAGUGCUUACACUACAAACGCAACUGAACACCAACAGAGCUGAUACAAUAUUCUACAAAAAUCAGGCCCAUGUGGUGGCAGCCUUUGAGCAAAGUCUGUCUAACAUGACAUCGCGUCUCCAGAUGUUAACUUCAACGGCUGAACAAAAGGUGGUGCGGCCUUCUCAGGAAAAUAUUCAGGAUUCUGAGUUGAACGAGUUGCGACAGACAAUUGAGGCCCUGAAACGUCAGAGUGGACUCAGUAUUCAGGAAAGCCUUGUCAGUCCAAAUGUUGGGCGACGACACACCUCACCUGGUAUGGGCCCUAAAGACAUUCAUGGUGAAGGGGGUCGUAUUGUUCGUCAAAUGUCUUCAGACAGCAUGUCUAGCAUCAAUAGUUUAUCAAGUGCUUGCAGUGUCGCCAGUCAACAGUCUGCCGCCACUGAUGGUGACAUUGGCAAAAACUCCAAGAAAAAUAAAAAGAAGGGAUGGCUAAGAAGUUCAUUUAGUAAGGCAUUCUCCCGGAAGAAGAACAAGCAUGGCUCUAUAUCUGAUGUGGAGCCUGAUACUGCAAGUCUUCGCUCCAACGCUUCUGCACCAAAUUCUCCACUCCUACAGAUGACGCAUGUUCCUAAUGGUUCUGGAGUCAUGAAGGGGUCUCACAGCUCUGGGGCACUGUGUGAAACAGAAGACCAUGCGUCUGUGAAUGAAUUAAAGAAUCUGUUACGUGAAAAAGACAUGAAAUUGACUGACAUCCGACUAGAAGCCCUCUCUUCAGCACAUCAGCUGGAACAACUCAGAGAGACAAUGAACAAAAUGAAGAGUGAAAUGGGACAUUUGAAAGCUGACAACGACCGACUUCAGCGCCUAGCUACCUCGUCCCGAACACUCAAUAUCUCCCAGAGCUCCCUUGCUCAUACGCGUGCAAGUAACGACUCUCUGGACCGGUCUCUCAGCCUCACUGAUCAGAGUAGUCUAGACAUGCUAUUGGCUGAAACAGCAGCAAAUGACAGAGAAGGAAAACGUGUCACAAUCACUGUAUAUCUGGGCUCAAACCCAGACCCAACACGGAUUGGCAUUGAGAGACCAGCGGAGGUGCUGAUUGGCUCCCUGUCUGUCAGUGGCAAGACAAAGUGGGACAUCCUCGAUAACAUUGUCAGGAAAAUAUUUAAGGAAUACGUGUUACGAGUGGACCCUGUCACCAACCUAGGUCUGAGUGCGGAGAGCGUCUUCUCCUAUCAUAUCGUCGACAUCACAAGGACCAAAGAUGCUGAUCUACCUGAGCUGCUACCUGUGGGGUACCUGGUCGGGGAUACAAUGCAGAUCAGCAUAUGUCUUAAAGGUACCAAGCAGAUCAGUGUGGACUCUCUUGCCUUUGAGUCGAUGAUCCCCAAGACGAUCAUCCAGCGAUAUGUGUCCCUCCUCAUUGAACAUCGCAGGAUAAUCCUGUGUGGCCCCAGUGGCACAGGCAAAACCUACCUGGCUCAGAAACUGGCUGAGCAUUUGGUUCUCAGAUCUGGCCGGGAACUGACAGCUGGGUCAGUGGCCACAUUCAAUGUUGACCACAAGUCUUCGAAGGACCUUCGCCAGUACUUGUCAAAUAUCGCGGAGCAGUGUGAGAACACAAACGUGAAUGAAUUGCCGACUGUCAUCAUCCUAGACAACCUGCACCAUGUUGGCUCCCUCGGCGAGGUCUUCAAUGGCUUCCUCAGUGUCAAGUACCAGAAAUGCCCCUACAUUAUUGGGACGAUGAACCAGGCAACAAACGCUGCCACAAACCUCCAGCUACACCACAACUUCAGGUGGGUAUUGUGUGCCAACCACAUGGAGCCAGUGAAGGGCUUCCUAGGGCGAUACCUGCGCCGCAAGCUGGUGGAGGCUGAGGUCAGGACAGGGAUGAGGAACAAUGACCUCAACAAGAUCAUUGACUGGGUCCCCAAAGUGUGGGCCCACAUCAACAAAUUCCUGGAGACACACAGCUCCUCGGAUGUCACAAUUGGUCCAAGACUGUUCCUGUCCUGUCCGAUGGACAUCUCUGGAUCCCAGGUGUGGUUCACGGAUCUGUGGAACUACUCGUUAGUACCGUACAUGUUGGAGGCUGUCCGGGAGGGACUUCAGGUGUAUGGGAAGAGGGCUCCAUGGGAGGAUCCAACAGAUUGGGUGAUAGAGUCCUACCCUUGGAGCGGCGGCAGUAACAACGAUAAGGACAAGUCGUUGCUACGGAUACGGCCAGAAGAUGUUGGAUAUGAUUCCCAGACAGCACAGGUCUCUGUAAGUGGGAACAAGUCAAAGACGAAGACAGUCGGCAACACAUCAGAGGGGAACCCGGGAGACCCACUGGUCAAUAUGUUGAUGAGGCUGCAAGAAGCUGCCAGCUACUCCAGCCCCCAGAGUAACGACAGUGACUCCACCAGCCUAGACAGUCACAGCAGUAUACAGGAGUUCUCCAGCUCUAGUGUCGAGUCAACGCUUUGAGUUACCUCCCUUUGACUAGAAGAUCUCAAGCAAAUACUGUACAGAUUUGGAUUUUCUUGCUUGGAAAUAUGAUUGUGUGAGACAAUGACUCAGAGUUAUGUCCCCUGAUGAACGUUCUAUAUGAACCAGAAUUUGAUUAUCGGUGUAUUUACCGGGGAUUAGUUAGAGAGGUACCUGACAGCUUUGGAAUUCAGGCUGGAAGUUGUGCUAAAAGGAAGCAUAAGUAUCCUUUAUGAUGCAUAGCAAUAUACAUUACCAGCCCUAGGGUUCACCUUCUGCCAAAAGGUAUCACGAUCAUGUGCCAUAAGAAUGUUCAUUUUAAUACCCGUAUCAUUGAGUUCAUUUUUGACAGAUCUGAUAAGUGAACCCUUUUAAUGAACCACAAGAUUCAUGUAGUGAACUUUUAAUAAGACGAAAAGGAUUACAGCACUGUGAAAUGGAGUUCCGUCACCACUGUAGAUCACGUUAGAAAACCUCUUCAACACCUGUAACUAUGCAAGUUGAGGCACUGAUGCCGUUGUAUCGAUUUUAUAACCAUUUUAGAAGUGUAAUGACAACCUUGAAGAUGUGUCAGUCAGUAACAGCCCUAUGACCUGCCUGUCUCCUGCUUUAACUGGAUCCUUGUCAUGCAUAGUGUGCAUUGGCUGACGAACAUGGAUGUCAAACUGACAUCUUAUGCAUUUUGAUUUGUGCCUUCAAGGAAGAAAGUGCUUAACAUUGUGAACCGACGCUCCAAGAACUCAACAGUAACAGUGCUAGAACUUUGUGAAAUUGAUCUGAAAAUGCUGUGACAAGACAUCAAGUUUUGCUUUAUGCCUGAAUUAUACAAUAUUUGUGGAUUACAGUGCUAUUACUGUUAUGGAUUGUGUCAAUUUUAUUUGACAGCUUGUUGAUUGACUAUGAGUGGUAUAUUGUACUAUUGGAAGAUUGCCAACUACAUAAUGGGAGGGGCUGUAAUUAGAUCAUGUUAAUUAUUAAAAGACAGAUGCUGAUUAUGAAAUAUACAAGAAACAGCUGAUGUAUUUACCUCCUCUUUAUGUUUGCUCAUCCUGAACUGGACACCCGCACAUGCAUUAUGAUGCAUGUGUAUGAUGAGACUUCCAAAGUGCCAAGCUGAAAAUAUUGAUUAUACCAUGUGUUGCUUUUUGUGUAAGAUAAAGGUGUACAUUGCUUGUCAUUGAUGUUUUGUAGGUAUAACACAGUUGUAGCUGUCAUGUUCCAAGUGUAUAUUUUUGUAAUUUGCACAUUACUUGCGUGCUGACGUUGUGUUUGCUGUGACUAGGGUGUUAUUGUAUGAUUUGACUUCCAUCGCUUGAAACUGACAUAUGUACAUUUCAAUCAAUUCACACAUUUGAAAUAAUUUUCCUCAUAAGUAUAAAUCUUCUCUUAUGUAAAAAUAUAUUUGUAUAUUUGCCGGGCAAUAAUUUGCACCUCCAGCAUACGUUUAAAAAAAAUCAAAGUUUAAGUACUCUGCAUGAUUAAAAAAUUCAAGUUGUAUGUCAAUUUCAAGCAUGGUGUGAGAAGGCUUCAUUCAGGGUUGUGAGAGAAUGCUAAUAGCAGUGUAAGCAGGUUGUCUGAUUUACAAGGCUGUGGCUAAAUUCUAUAGGCAUAACAGAGCUAGAGUUACCUCCCUUUGCUUAAUGCAUGGCGAUCCUUGAAUCAUAUUAAUGUGCCAAAUGUUGAUUUCAUGUCAUUUCAAAACCAUUUCAUUAUUUAUUUUUUCAUUUGUUUUGUUUUAUAAAGCUUCAGGUGUAAAAUCAAAAGAAAGGUCAAAGUUAAGUGAAAAAUUAAGAUUCAGUGAUAAAAUUCUAAAAUCUCUUGUAAUAUGUUUUGUUUCAUAGAACCAUAACAUAUAUAUUAACAUAAUUGAAUAAAAAUCAGUGUCUCUGGCAAGUAGUUGUUAUAUUAAGAAAAUGUAUUAUUUCAAACCUCGGUGGCUGUUCAUACGUGUUGGUUCGUUAAAUCUGACCUGUUUCUUGCGAUUUUACAUCUUGUUAUUUUACGCCCUCUUGUAUUUUAGGCUUCUGAUGACAGUGAAGCUUAGCAUUGUUUUCGAGCUGCUUGUUGAUUGUCAGCAAUCAAUGUCUGUUAUAUUAACAGUGUGCGUCACUUUAACAUCAAGUAUAUAGACAAGUUGCAGGUUUGACAACUAACAUGUUGAAUAAUGCAUGACUGUUACUACCAUGGAUGACAUUAAAGGAUGCAAGAAGAGUCAGCAUCUUCAGUGAAAAAUUGGAAUAAAGGUCAUGACAAUUAAGGCCUUAUGCUCAUUAUAUACAAGCAUUUUGUUAUAUACAGACAUCAAGCAGAGUUUAUAAAGGGGGAUAUAAAAUAACAAGCUUUAACCAAAAUUUAUAUCAUUGACAUGUUUGAUGGAUAUAAAUGAUUUCAGAUAGCUGAUUUCCAUUGAGGCACAAGCUAACCAGCUAGCUUUAACUAAUCCAGCUUCAUCCUUCACUUAUGUGCAAUGUAUAUUGGGAAUAGAUUAUGAAAUAUUUAUUAUUUACGUGUAUUUAUUCUUAUUUUGUACCCUUGUUGAAGAAGUUGUUGAUCCAUUGAACUAAUGCUGACCUAUAUCGUAUAUGUUUCCUCUUGUGCAGUUCCUAAACAGUUGGAAUUGGAAUAAUGUCUUAAUGAUGCUAGCAUCAUAUAAUUUGGGGUUUAAACAUUUUUAGCAUAAAUGGACAGUAAAGUAGUUUGUCUUUUUUUAUAGAAAUGAUUUCUGAAUAAUAGUUUGAAAAUACAUACUUAAUUAUAAGUAAUGAAUAAAGUAUUUUAAUUUUGAUCAAAGUAAAAAGUAAUAUUAGUUUAUAAUGUGUUAUGUUUUAAAGUGUCAUCCAGACUUAACUUAGAGGACAAACUUGCUCAGAUAGAUUGACAGGUCAUUCAUUUGGAGGAAAUCAAAUAACACUGGACAUAAUCAGACCAUAUCCUUGAAUGACAUCAGCUUGUUAUUAUCUCUCAUGCAUGUCAGUGUUGUAGCCUGUCAUGCAAUGUCAUGCUUUGCGGUGUUGUCAAUAGCAACGUUAUUUAUAACCAAUGCACAGUGUUACAUGGAUGGACUGUUCAUCCAGCGUAUAUUUCUAGUCAGACCCUUGUUGUCUCUGUACAGAAUUUGUAAAUGAUAUCACAUCUAAGUUAUGUACUGAUCAUCAUGGCGUCAUACGAUGUCAUCAUAAUUGAUGUAAAUAGGAUCACCAUGUGUUUAUGCAUGUGCAUCUAUCGGUGGAUUCUUGGAUGGGCCGAGAACAACUGCUGGUAGAAAAUCUCUUGAAAAAUUGUCAUUAGAUGAGAAGUUUUCCUCUUUGAAAACUUUAGAAUUGCUAUGUCUAAUGGUUGAAUAAAGUUUUCUAUUCUAUACAUUA